AUGGUUAUAAGUAGAAUAUUUGCAAGGUUUACAUUUUGGUUCCGAUCCUUCUUUGCACCUGUUAAACUGCUGCUGGACCAAACCAAACCAAACCAUGCAGUGGUGGUCCGUCAGACUGACGGUUCUGCUGCGGUGGAACGCGACCGAACCGACUCGUGCCCAACCCUAGAACUAACUGUAACUGUAAGUUCUGUUUCUUUUAAGCUUUUGUUUUAUUAUUUUUCUUUUGCGCUCAAGAGAGAGCAUCAGAUGAUUGCCUGCCCUACCUACAUAUUAGACAGAUUGGAUACUAGUAGCUUGGUAUGCCGUUGGUGGAGGUACCUUGGGACGUUGCGUCCCAUACUAACAAGGGCCAAUCUUACGUUUGACGUCCCAAACAUUUUCGGAGUCGGACUUCCUGAACGAAUGGAUAAACUGCCUGAAGAUGGAUUUAACGAUUGUCGUCCAUCCUUGAUAAAUGUAUAUUAUCAAAGAGAAAGCUUCGUAAGAUGUGUGAAUAAAGUUUUGCAGCUACACCACGGCAAGAAGUUGGACUCUUUCAAAGUGGAAUUCUUUCUGGACAGAUUUUCUGCUGCCUUCCUCAAUGAAUGGAUUCGUUUUGCAAUUACAAAGGGAGUUGAAGUGAUUCAUCUUCAUUUAUAUAGGUGCUCGGACAGGGAACAUACAUAUAAUUAUUAUGUUUUCCCGUGCUGGUUGCUUUCAGAGUUGAAGGCAGCAUCAACUCUAAAGAAUUUGUCCAUGGCUAGAUGUGUUCUAAGACUACCACCUGGUUUCGACGGAUUCAAUCAGCUAACUAGUCUGUAUCUGUGUAGAAUUGCAGACGAAAUUCCUGUGGCACGUCUUCUCUCCGACUGUUUGUUGCUUGAAAGCUUGACCUUAAAGAGUUGCAAGUUGGGCCAAGAUUUAAUUAUUGAGAGUCCAUCACAUCGACUGAAUGAUUUGAAACUGACGUGUGCUGCUUUUAGAGUUUGGGAGGUACCAACAUUCAGAAGCCUCAAGAAACUGGAGUUGGAUAUUUUUUCGAAUGAACCUGACCUCGUGUGGGUUCUGAAAUUUCUGAAUGCUGCACCCCUUUUGGAAGAACUUGUAGUAACGGAAGUAUCGCCUUUCCGUAAGGAACAACAGGACAUAGAGAACUUUGCUGGAAUCAAACAUUGUCAUCUGAGAGAAGUUAAGUUCCAAGGAUUUCAAUAUACACCAUGUGAGAUCGAGCUUGCCAUUUGUAUCCUGAGAAAUGCAAUGAUGCUCGAGAAAAUGGUAAUCGAUCCCUACGGAAAAUACUAUGAUGGUGCUGGAGUGUGGGUGGAGGCUUUGUAUUAUGAAUCAAAUUCACUUUGGAAAGAAAAAGGCAGGGCAUUAGUCCAUGAAAAGCUAAAGGAAGUAAUGACCUAUGCUCAAAUCAUCAUUCUGUAA